AUGGAGUUAGCGUUCGAGAUACCUUCGACAUGCUCAGGAGUCGUGACCAAUAGGUGCGAACUCAAGGUUGCCGAUCAUGUAUUUAAUAAUCUAGAUGAUGUACAUAAAGGUCUAUUUGUGAAAUCAUGCUUCCGGACACUAGAGCACAUUCCCAAUUUGAAAUUGGCGUCUCAAAUAAUCCACCACCUUCUUCAAAGGACCUUGAAAUCAUCCGAGAACGAAAAAGACGCCGUGUGGUUCAAAUUUGGAGAAAAAGAAGCUAGAUUCGGGUUACAAGAAUUUUCUCUUGUAAGCGGAUUCAAGAUUGUGCAUGAUGUGGCUUCGUACGAGGUCCCGGAAAGAAGUAGUUCGCUUUUGCAUUUAUUCAAAGGGAAGCGAGGGAAGCUAACAAAGAAAGACUUGCUCAAUAAAUUUGAUGAUUUGGUAAAGAAGGAGGAAGAUGCAGAUUUGAUAUACAAAUUGGGGCUUCUCACGGUCCUGGAGCAUGUGGUUUUGUCUAACGAGUGUCGGACUCUUGUGGAUGAAAAAUGGUUUCAUCUCGUUGAAAAUUUGGAGGAGUUCAAUAGCUAUCCUUGGGGGAACUUGUCAUACGAGUACACCGUAAAGUUGUUCAAGCGGAAGAGGUUUGGGCAUUUGAGGCACUGCCUGAGGUUGGAAGAAAAUUUGCUGAAACUUGUGGUUGAAGUUCGACGAACAUUACAACCUUCAAGGGAUGAAGUUAAAACUUCAUACUUGAAGGAAUUUCGUAUUGUCCCUGAAGAUGAGGAAGAAGAAGAAGAAGAAGAAGAAAAUGAGGAUAAGGAUGAUGAGGAAGACGAGGAAGAGGAAGAAGAAAAAAAUGAUGCAUCUCAGUCUGAUCCACCACAACCGCAAGUUUUUGGUGCUGAAAAGCUUUCAGCUAUAGUCAGGGAGGUUGUGAAGGAUGAGAUGAGAUUAUUUUCUGAACACGAUCAAUUCACCAUCUCCCAUGCCCGAGAAAGAAAGGUGGGAGUUCAUGAUGACGUGGGCUUGGAAAUGAGGGUAAAAGAAAAAGUUGUCUUGGUCGAAGACAAAUUUUCUGAGGAGGUUGUCUCACCAAAGAAGAAUGAACAUGGAUUCGAUACCGGUGUUGUGACCGACCCGUCAUCAAAGAUAUUCCAAGAACUACCUAUGGAGAUCGAGGAAACCGAUGAAGAUGAUGCACCCGAGUCUCCUAAGGGAAGAGGCCACCGGAAGAAAAGAAAGGCCACCGUCCUACUUACUCCGUGGAGGAAUCCCGGAAAAAGACAAAAAAUUCCAAAUGUCAUGGAGUACGAUCCUCAUAGGACACUGGAUGAAGCUAAACUUGAGGAUUUAAGGCGGUGGUUGGCGAACUCCCCUGAAAGUGAUGAAAUUGACGUAGCUUGGGGUAGCGGUAGCGCAGGGAAAAAAAAUUUUAAUGACCUUCUGGACGAUAAAUGGCUUUGUAGUGGGCAUGUAGAUGCAGCUCUUUUUCACAUGAGAUGUCGGGCUAUAGAGUACCCUCACUUGUUUAGACAAGAUUGUGUCACCUUGGACCCACAUUUUGUGUCUUAUGCAAGAAUGUUCUUUAAAGACGCGUCAAAAGUUGAAAGCUUUGAUAGGACAAAUUUUCCAAAGGCAUUAGUUAAGUACGCCGAAGGGAAAGUACCCCCUCAUGCAAAGGCGUGGACUAGUUGUACCAAAUUGUUUGUUGCCUUUUGCACUGAGAAUAAUGAACAUUGGGUAGCACUCGAUAUUGAUCUCUCCAAAAGAUGCAUUGACGUAUAUGAUAGUUCACCGAGUGUCAUGCGGAAGCGACAAUUUGAAACGGAAUUGGAGCCCAUUCGAGUUGUCGUACCUAUGCUAAUGAGGAUGUUGAAUGCUACAUAUAGUUCAGAAAAAUUUGAUUUGAAACGAUUACCAUGUCCUAGCCAAGCAAAUGGUCGAGAGGACGAUGUUUGUCGGAAUGGCUUUUGGCAAUUAUGGCUUACGAGAAGACAACCUUGCCAGAAUAUAAGUUGCCGGAAAGAGGGAGUGUCCAAACUCGGUCGGAAUAAGUGGCCGGAGGUGGUGUUAUCACCGGAGAUUGGAGAUGAAAGGAACGAUUUUCUAGAGCGGAGCGGCUCAGCAUGUCACGGACGCGACGUUUAUCGCGGGCGUGACUACCGCGCUUCCAGGUCGUCGCAGGAGCGACACUAUGUCGUGGCGCGACUCCAAAUAUGGUGCCACAAAAGCGCGCGACGCCUCGUCACGACCGCGAUGCAGAGGCUGUCGCGGGCCAGUUAA